AUGGAAGGAGGUGAUUUUCCAUUAAAUACACCUACAAGUCCAUAUAAAAAAUCGCCUUCAAAUACAACAACCACCACCACAACAACAAAUUCAACGAAUAAUAUUAUAAACCAACAAUUAUUUAUAAAUCCAUUGAAUAAUAGUACAGGUGCUCCAAGUACACCUCCGACACUUUCACAAUCUAAUAAUAAUGAUUCAAACAUAAAUCCCAGACUACAACGAGAUUUCCAACCUGCCAGACUGGAUUCCGGUAAUUUUCCAGUGACAGGAGGCUCGCUUUCCAGUCGAAGUCUAAAUCCACGUGGAGGUUCCUCCAAUAAUAUCAAGUGGAAAUGGAAUAACAAGGAAAAGCCAAUCGAUAGAGAGUUGGCAAAGAAGAAAGCAGGUGGCGCCGUGCGGAAGGACAGCGAGAGAAAACUAAAGAGUUCUGCUGGCAUUCUGAAAAAAAGAAACACUCAACUCGAGUUUUCUCAGCCAGAUAACAGUAACCAUACCGAGGGUCUCCCAAUCACAGAGGAGCUGGUCGAUAUGAGGGACAAUGGAGGUGGAACUCCAGGCUCGCCAGGAAGUGUCACUCGUGAUGGAGCAGGUGGCUCCGCCUCUCCAAAGCUAAAGCGUAGUGGAUCGGUAACGAGUACACCACCACAACCCAUUAGAAAUAUCAUGGAUGAAGACAUCGUUCCCAAUGCAUUUGGUGAGGAGGACAAGAAAAAGACAUUCUCUCCCAAGGUUUCAAAAGCAGAGAUUGUAAAAGUUAAAGAGAAAAUGUUGACCAAAAAGAAGUCGGAACUUCAGGUGAAACGAAAGGUGACUGCCAAUUCCAUGUUGGACGACGGUUUCAAUACUAUGGAGCUGAUCAUUGGUGAACAACAAAAAGAGACAGUCUUCCUGUUGAAACCAUAUUUCUCCCAUUCAAUUCUUCAAGCUACCAUGUUGGUCUUUAUCGUCUGGAAUAUCUUUUAUUUCGGUUUCCGUGCCGGUUGGACAAUCAAUACACACGAUGUCUACACCAUUCUAUUCUCUAUUAUUUUCUAUAUUGUAGAGUUUGUCUCUUUCUUGGCUACCGUUCUACAUUUGAAUAAUUUCUCGAAUCCAUGCACCAUGAUUUUGGUUAUGACUCUUGAGGAGAUUCUCAAGAAGCGUAGAAAGAAGUUCCCAACUGUAAUGAUGUAUGUCACCACCUACAAGGAACCACCCUCCAUUGUAUCUCGUACCUUCAAGACUGCCCUGAGUAUGGAUUAUCCAGCAGAGAAUCUUUGGGUCGGUCUGUUGGAUGACUCUGCCAAUUUCCGUGAGAGUCGUGGAUGGGCACAUCUUCAAGGUGUGGAAAAGAAUUUCCUUUUCCAACUAAUCUUUAGAACCAUCUAUAAUGUCCACAAGAUUGGUCCACCAACUGCCAAUUUCAAUGAGGAUCCACAUGGAAUUCUUUUGGAAACUCAAGAGCGUAUUGACAAAUCGACAAGAGAGAUCAUUGAUGCUGAAGUUCAGUGGUUUGUUGAAUACUUUAUUUUAAAUGCUUGGUUUGACAUUGGUUCCGAGGAUCAAGGUGAGGCCACGGAAGAGGAGAAAGCAUACAUACAAAAGCUACGUGAUACCAAUUUCUCACCGUAUCGUACCAUCAACAAAAAGGAAAGAGAAAUGAUUUCCAAAUUCUCCAUAGAGUCACUGAGAUCAAUCUGGCACGGUAAUGCAAUGUAUCGUCCAUUUAUUCGUAUGAUUCUUCUCAAGAAGAAAUAUGUCAGUAACUUUGUGAAGGACAUGAACGAAAAAUGUCACCUUAGAUUCAUCACACCGGAGGUAUUGCAAAAAGCAGACUAUGCAGUAUUGAUGAUGGGUCGUGAAGAAGUACCCUGGGAUGAAAUUUCACUUGGAAACGUUCGUAUUGAUUUCGAUCCAACCGGAGAGGUCUUCUCACCAAGAUGCACCUAUCUACGUCGUCGUAAGCCACCCCAUCCACACAACAAAGCCGGUAACAUCAACAAUGGACUGUUCAACGAAUCAACCAAGGCAGACUUUGAAUACAUUGGUCUACUGGAUGCCGAUCAGCAACCACAUCCCGACUUUUUGAAACGUGUAAUGCCCUAUUUCUACUCUGACGAAGGUCAUGACUGUGCGUUCGUACAGACCCCACAGUUUUUCAGUAAUAUCUAUCCAGUGGACGAUCCACUCGGUCAUCGUAAUAUGGAGUUCUACGGUCCGGUAAUGGAAGGUCGUUCAGCAAAUGGAGCAUGUCCAUUCGUAGGCACCAACGCUAUUUUCCGUCGUCAACCACUCUUUGAUAUCGGUGGAAUUAUGUACAACUCUGUAACAGAGGAUAUGUAUACUGGAAUGAAGCUACAGGUCUCUGGUUACAAGUCUUGGUAUCACAAUGAGGUGCUGGUAGUUGGUACCGCUCCAGUCGAUAUCAAAGAAACACUGGAACAACGUAAACGUUGGGCACAAGGAGCAGUGGAAAUCUUUUCACUCACACCAUGGGGUUAUAUCAGUAAGAAACUGGGUUAUCGUAAGAUGAUGUACAAUCUCGACUCUUGUAUCUAUCCAUUCCUUUCGCCAACUGCCAUCUUCUAUGGACUUUCACCAUUGAUGAUGUGUCUCUGGACUGUACCUAUUGUCGUAACGGAUCCAGUUAUUUUCAUUCUAGUCGGUAUGAUUCCUGUAAUGAUUGUUCCAAAGAUCAUUCAGUACAUGGUGUUGAGAGCUAAACGUCCAUAUGAAGCCGGACAAGUCGGUCCAUCGCUGUGGGUAGAACCAACCGAUCUUUGGAGAGCAGAACAAACUUUCUUUGCUUUUGCCGGAACCUAUAUUUCCUCAUGGAAAACCGGUGCAGCUUCGAUUGUUAGUUUGUUGAAACAACGUCGUAUCAGUCGUCACAAACUGGCAAUGUGGAACUGGAAGCGUGAUUUCGUCAAGAAACCCAUUGUCACUGAGGUGUUCCGUCAAACCAAACUUGUAAAUGAACCGGUAAAGGAAGAGGAACACGGUGGUAAGAAGGCAGAACAAUCUUUCCGUUCUUCCAACAAGGAGUCCGAUACCAUUAAGAACUCACGUCUUUUCCUUCCGAAUCUAUUUAUGUUUGGAGCGAAUGUACUUGCUCUAGUAUUGACUGUUCUUCGUUUCAAUUGUUUCCAAGAUGAUAUGUGGCUGAUGAUGGUAGUUGCCGGUUUUGCAUUCUCAACCUGUUGGCAUAUUUGGUCAUUCAUUCCGAUGGCACUUCGUCAAUCUGAAACUCAAUGGCCGUAUGCAUCAUCGUUCCAUGCACACAAUAUAUUUAUCUAUUUUAUUCUUGGAUUCUUGGUUCUAUUGUUUGUUAAAGUUAAAGUUUGUAUUCCACGUAUGGCUUAA